AUGUCCUCCGAACCACCGCCCCUCCAAACCUUCAACUGCCACUGCGGCAGCAUCAAAUUCUCCGUCCACAACGAUCUCUCCCAAAUCUCAGACUGCACCUGCUCCAUCUGCACCAAAACCGGCCGCAUGCACAUCCGCGCAUCCUCCUCACCCUCCGUACCAGGCUCCUUCCAUCUCGCAUGGCACAGCCCAGCCUCAUCAGAAGCGGCGGCCCUCCCCCACCUCUCCUCCUACUCAUUCGGCUCCAACCGGCUCAUCACCGACUUCUGCCCCACCUGCGGCUGCCACAUUCGCGUCCGCCUCGCCCCGACUGACACAAACGCGGACACACCGACGCGCGCUCUCAACGUGCGCAUGAUCCAAGCUCUUGAACCAUGGUCCUUUGAAACUACUGAGACCCUCACUGCGCCAGCCAAGUUUCCGCCGGCUUACAUCGAGCCUGAAUUCAAAGGUACGAAUUUCACGGACGAAGAACUGGGGGGAGGGAAGGUGAAGUAUCAAGGCAGCUGCCACUGCGGCGCCGUCACUCUCUCUUUACGCACUCGUCCGCUUUCCGAACUGAUGAUCAGGGAAUGCAAUUGUAGUUUGUGUUGGCGGAAAGCGCUGAUUCACUGUCCCGUCGAGAAUCAAGAGGAUGUGAGGGUCAGUGGGGUGAAGGAGGCAGUGGUGGUGUAUAAGCCGGAAAAACUGAAUCAGGGGUUGUUUUGUAUGAACUGUGGGGUGCAAGUUGUCACGAGGGGUCAAAAUGGGAACGUGUAUGCGGUGAAUUUGAGGACGAUGCAUGGGGUGGAUUGGGAGGAGGUUGAGGUGGGGAGGGCGAAAGGGAGGGAGCUUAGCCCUGAGUACAAAGUGGGUGGUGAAGCGACGUAG